AUGGAUUUGUUCUCUACCUGCGGCUUCGUUCCAGCGCAGUUGUCCACACACUUUGUGCAGCCGAGUGAGGAGUUGCUGGGUUUCGCCGAGGCCUCCGCAGUUGUGGAUGUGUUCGAGAACGAAGUGGUCACGCGUGCGGCUUUGUACGCGCUCUUAGUGCGCAAUCGCUUUAGGCCCACUGAGUCUGCUGUCUUCGUGCUUGGUCAUGGAGACUGUGGCGACUGUUGUGGAACCAGGGAGCUGGUCCUCGCGAUCCCGCUGUGCCGAAAUAUUUUGGUGGAGCCAUGCCGGUUUCCGCCGUCGAUGCACCCGCAGUCUGAUGGCCAAGUUUUCUUGAUCUUGGAUGGAUUGUCAGAGGACAGUCAUAUCCAGACUUUCGCGGGGACACCUCCGAGACUUAGUCGGCUGACUCCAGAGGCAUUUUCUGGACGAUUGAAGGAUUUGCACGGCACUGCCCACAGCCAUCGGUACGAUUUCCCGUCCAAAGACACGAAUCAUGACUGGAUCUACAGCUACGGAGCUGAUCGUCUACCAAUGGCUGUUCAGAAAGCCUCGAGGCCCAUGUGGCAACGAAAGAAGCCUGAGAAAAUGGCGUCUUUGAUCUUUCAAGACACGCAUCUUCGCAUGCUCAUUGAGCCACAGAUAUCAUGGCGGAACAUUCAGCCAUUCCUUAAGGAACGUCAGACAGACUUUUCGGAAGAAAUGAGGCGCAGCAUCUUGACAGUUACUUUCAAUGGCGCCGCCCACAUGCCCACAGUGCACGACAUCGACCACUUUUUUGAGGGGGUGGAUGUGAUGCCAGAUAUGCUCUUCGUGGCGCUUCAGGAAACCUGUCCGUUGGCAUUGGCAAUGGAUGUGACAGAGAUCUCCAGCACACAGUACCACGCGGCCUGGUCAUCUUCGGUAACGGCUGCUGUCGAGCGUCGAGGCUCCUAUCGUCUUCUGGCCAAUCAUGCAAUGGUUGGGUUGCAGUUGCUAUUCUAUGUUGUUGAGGAUCUGGUGCCGCAGAUAUCCCAGACCUGUUGGGGAACAGCGCGCUGCGGGACCCUUGGUGCUGGAAACAAGGGCGCAGUGGCUUUCGGACUUGUCAUGGGAUCUACUUCCUUUUGCUUUGUGAACGUGCACUUGGCAGCUGGCGAAAGCAUCUCAAGUUCACAGGAGCGAGCUCAGGAUUUCGAUUACAUCAUUCAGACGUUGCGCCUCACGAGCGAUACAAGAGUGUCAAGUGGCGUCAGCGGCUCCAAUAGCCUACUGCGAGCAGACGUGCAAGAUGCUCGCAACAUCUUCGAGCAUGACCUUGUUGUUUGGGCAGGCGAUCUCAAUAUGCGCCUUUGGCGAGAUGAGCGGAUGACGGAGGUGAUGCAUCGAGAUCAGGUCUUGUCGAUGCUGCAACAGCACCAAACAGCAUCGUUGCUUGAGUUCGACGAGCUGAACCGUCGACGACUUGCAAGUGGCUCUAUCGCUGCUUUUGAGGAAGCCGUGAUCCACUUCCACCCCAGCUACAAAUUCUGCGCAAAGCCAUGGCCGAACAAGGCAGGCAAUGAAGGUGCUGCACAAGUGCCCGAAGCAGCAUAUGAUGAGAAGCGCUCACCCGCGUGGUGCGACCGCAUCAUGUGGCGUGCCCGGCGGAAGGUGAGGCAAGAAGGGUCGCCGCGAUACGAGCGGCUGGAGAGCCCGACAUUUUCUGACCAUCGACCAGUAAGGCUGUGCAUGCAGAUCUGCAUCUUCGAAAUGAGCCUGGAUGAUUUGAGACGGGUGUGUGCGGAAUUUGAACUGAAGCGCAGUGCUUCACACCUUCGCUUGUUGCGGAGUGGGUCUUCUCUAAGAGAUGAUGCGGUUGAAGAAGCAGAGGUGUUUCUCACCAAGGCCGCGCUUUGA